CUGUGUGCCGCCAACGUGAGGGAACGUUGCACAGAUGAAGGGGCCGUCGCGGACAACUAUCACAUAUUCCCCCGUUUGAUUAUUUAUAUCAGAUAACACAUUCCUCCUCCCUCCCGCCGGGACAGCACCGUCGCUGUGGGUCUUACAUUCGGAGGGGCUUGUCUGUUUUUUUCUUUCCUCCGGGAGGCUGAAUGGAAGCAGCAGCCGAGGGAGCGGUCGGGCUGUCGGAGGCCAGGGACGGGAGCCCGCUGUCCGCGGCCGCAGCAUCCGAUGAUGCGGACACGGUGGUUGGAGUUAGCUACGGGAUGGACGCCGCAGACAUGGAUGCUGCUGCUAAGAAAGCCUUCAUCACAGAGAUGCCCUCAUCCUCCGGCCAGCCUGGUCAGGGAAAGAAGAUUGGUCACAGAGGGGUGGAUGCAUCAGGAGAGACCACUUACAAGAAGACCACAUCCUCAGCCUUGAAAGGUGCCAUCCAGCUGGGCAUCGGUUACACAGUGGGCAACCUGAGCUCCAAGCCCGAGAGAGACGUGUUGAUGCAGGAUUUCUACGUGGUGGAGAGCAUCUUUUUCCCCAGCGAAGGCAGCAACCUCACUCCAGCUCACCAUUUCCCAGACUUCCGCUUCAAAACAUACGCUCCUGUGGCCUUCCGCUACUUCAGAGAACUGUUUGGCAUCAGGCCGGAUGACUACCUGUACUCCCUGUGUAACGAGCCCCUGAUCGAGCUGUCCAAUCCGGGCGCGAGUGGUUCAGUCUUCUAUGUUACAAAGGACGACGAGUUCAUCAUCAAGACUGUGAUGCACAAAGAGGCUGAGUUCUUACAGAAACUGCUGCCUGGAUACUACAUGAACCUGAAUCAGAACCCUCGCACUUUGCUGCCCAAAUUUUUUGGCCUCUACUGUGUCCAGUCGGGCGGGAAAAACAUCCGCGUGGUGGUGAUGAACAACGUUCUUCCCCGCGUCGUUCGGAUGCACCUCAAGUACGACCUGAAGGGCUCCACCUAUAAGAGGCGAGCAUCCAAGAAGGAGAGGGAGAAGGCCAGGCCCACUUUUAAAGACCUGGACUUCAUGCAAGACUUGCAAGACGGACUUUUGCUGGACCAGGACACUUACAACGCGCUAGUCAAGACACUACAGAGAGACUGCCUGGUGCUGGAAAGCUUUAAGAUCAUGGACUACAGCCUGCUGCUCGGGGUUCACAACAUGGACCAGGCAGAGAGAGAGAGGCAGAUGGAGGGCUCCCAGGGCAGCAGCGAUGAGAAGAGGCCUGUGGCCCAGCAGAAGGCCCUGUACUCCACAGCCAUGGAGUCCAUCCAGGGAGGAGCAGCCUGCGGAGGGUCCAUCGACACUGACGACACGAUGGGCGGUAUCCCAGCUGUCAACGGGAGGGGAGAGAGACUUCUUCUCUACAUCGGAAUCAUCGACAUCCUGCAGUCCUACAGGCUAAUCAAGAAACUGGAGCACACGUGGAAGGCUUUGGUUCAUGACGGGGACACUGUAUCAGUCCACCGGCCUGGCUUCUAUGCCGACAGGUUCUUCAAGUUCAUGAGCAACACGGUUUUCAAGAAGAGUUCCUCUCUGAAGUCAUCUCCAUCCAAGAAGGGUCGCGUGUCGUUGAUGGUGCCAAAGUGCGCUGGUCCCGGUGCAGCCUGGUCAGCCAGCCAGCUGCCCUCUGAGAGGGACGAGAACAUCUAUGACCUGAGAGGAGCUCGCAGCUUCCCAACACUAGAGGAUGAGGGGCGACCAGAUCUUCUUCCAUGUACUCCGCCAUCAUUUGAAGAGGCCACCACAGCGUCUAUCGCCACCACUCUGUCUUCUACCACCUCUCUGUCCAUCCCUGAGAGAUCCCCAUCUGACACGGCAGAGCACCCCCGCUACAGGAGGCACACCCAGUCUCUCAGCCAUGAUGGGAGGACCCAGGAGGAGCUGCGUGUGCGUGAGGAGGAUCAGCAGACCAUCACAGUGGAGGUGGAACUGAAGAGACACGACAGUGAGCCCACCAUCUCUGUUCCUCAGCCUUCACCUGAAACCAGUGGGGUUCAGGAAGUAGCCGGCGCCGAGGCCCAUGAUGCCGCAGCACCCUCCAGCUGUUCGUCAGUACCUGAAGCAGCCUCCUCCUCGUCUGCCCCAGCUGCUCCCUCCUCUCCCGGGGCGGCCGAGGAAGCCCCACCCAGUCCAAAGUUGGUGGUGGUGGAGGCAGACAGGGCCAGCCAGGUGUCCGGCUCAGGCUGCACCAGCCAGGCUUCAGUGGACGAUGAUGAUGACGUGCCAAUCACAGAUAUCUACUUUUAAACCCUGUUCUCUGGCAGAGAGGAGCGAACGUCUCAGCGGAGAGGACUCAUCGGUCUGGAGUCCAGACCUCAGCGGUAGCAGCAGGAUCUCUGUCUGAACCAGGGUUUUAAACAUGCAUACAGAAAGUGAACACACUGAGGGAGGAAGUGACUGAAUACCAGAGGGGAUGGGGGACGGGGGGGUACUGACAGUGAGGACAUCACUGAUUUCCUACCAUCCCUGCCUUUCACCCUUAACAAAUGAAAAUUAUAUCAAUUAAAUUUUUAUGUGUAUGUGUGACAUAGUGCGUAUAAGGCUGUAGUCUUAUAUGUUUGACAUACAUGAAAGACGGUAGUAACCUCCUGUAUGUUCGGUUUGACACAUGCACAGCCCUCCAACUGGCUCGGACUUUCCCACUCACUCUGCAGAGCAGCACAUUGGGUUGUGAAGUAAGGAGAGCCGCUGGUCGCCGACUGAACUCCCAAUUCACAUUUUGCCUCUUAUGAUAUGUUUCAUUUUACUCAGCACAGAACCAUGGGAGUCAUCUUUGUCAUUGUCCCAGUGUCACAUGGUUCUAAAUACAAUGAUAAUACAUAAGCCUCUGCUUCCUUGUGAAAAACACAUGUCACAUAAGCCUUGUAAGCUUUAUCAAAUUCAAAAUACUUAAUAUAUUAUUUAUAUUAUUUUAAUAUAAUAAUAAUAAAGCACAUAGCUGCUGAAUUCAUCUAUUAUUGAUCCAGAAUUUGGAAAUUAAUUAAUAUUAGCUUUAGAUUAUGUUAACCCCAUAGUCAUUAGCUCCCUGCUUCCAUUAGCAGCAUGUGACAUAAUUUUUGGCUCAGUUAUUUGACUUUUUAUACCACAUUCCACGUUGGGAGUCACACUCUACUUCUCAUUUUACCAUUUUUACGUAAACUAUCUUGUACCGUUGACUUUUUAUCAAAGAACUUGGUAUUUUCUAACACAGUUGUUCAUAAUUUUGUACUGAUGAUUCAACCAGAACGGUUUCAUUUCCAUCCAAGCUGUGGAAGUGCUCCAACUGUGAGUCAUUUAACUUCCAGGACUUCUUGAAGUAGCUCCUCCCACCUCGCAACUCUACUAAAAAUUUCCAUGAAGUGGUUCGACCAACAUGGUAUGCAUGUGGCGCACGGGAUACAGCACACCACAUGCAGAUUUCAGAGCUCUUAUUGAGGAGUGAGUGGCCGAGCCUGGUGUGGUGUUGGAGGGCUGUGCUUGUGAUCAUAGCACUGGACUUACAGUGAUAACCAUCGUUUGACCAAUCAAAACAGAACGUCUAGAUGCGUCGUCCUCACAUUUCCAGUAGUGAAAAUAUGCAGUUUAUUUUUUAGAGCAAAGAAUUAGCAUAAUUUCCUUCAGCGAACAUAUACAGUGAUUAGAAGUCGUUGAAUUCAUAACAUCAUAAUUUAUUAUUUAUAUCAAAUGGGGUUUUUUUGCAACUUAUUUUUCUGAACAUUUCUUCAGCUGUUUUACUACUGUGAACUUUA